AUGUGCGAAUGGUUGCUUCCUUUGCAAUAAUUUUAUUUAUUUUUCUGAGAAAUGUAUCAACCAUAAGUAUUGGCUAAGUUUUCCACUAGAGUUGAAUCUCGAGUAUAACCGCUUAACGUUUAUUAACAGAUAUACCUUGUGGAGAAAUGCGAUACACAGAGGAAGAAGUUGCCAAACCUUUCAAAACCUGGCCAUGGCACGUGGCUUUGUACAGCAGUGACAAUAACUAUAUCGCCGGUGGAUCGAUCAUCAGUGAGUGGUUCGUGCUAACAGCGGCUCAAGUCACUUAUAUAAACGGAAGCAUCCCAAUGAAACCGAAUGAAUUGCAGGUCGUGAUGGGCAUUAGAGAUCUUUCGGAUCCUCAAAACUACAAGAAGAAAUCAAACGUUUCAAAUAUCAUUCGCUACGAAAACUAUAACCCACAGACUAGAAUGAAUGACCUGGCACUGUUGAAGGUGGACACGAUAAUUGAGUUCAAUCAUUACAUUUCAUCGAUAUGCCUGUGGCCAAGUGUUGGACUAAGCUUGGAAGCAUUAGCUGGUCGAGGACAACAGGGAAUUGUUGUCGGUUGGAAAUGGGUUCAGAAAGGGGAUGUCAAGCAUGUUUUGAGUGAAACUAAUGUGUCUGCUAGCAAUGUUGAAAGGUGCGCUGAUUUAUUACAAGAUGGAUCGUCAAAGAAGAAGAAUUAUUGCAUGACAAGCAGUGGUGAAAGUGUACAUAGCGGAGGUGGAAUGUAUUUCCAGUUGGAUGAUGUUUGGCAUGUAAGAGGAAUCGUCAGUCAGAGACCACCAACUAUAGAGGCCAAGGACGUGAAAUUGGUGGAUAUCACUUACUACCAAAAAUGGAUUGAGAGGCAUGCUUUACCAAAGCAGCAUAAUCUUCUAGGAUUGGAAGAUUGCGGUAUGGGAAGCUAUGUAGAAUCCAAUGAUAGGGAGAAGAACAUUCUAGCAGGCAAUCAGCAUCCGUGGAUCGCUCAUCUGGCUUAUCUAUUUUGGGGUAGAUUCAACGUAAGCGAUUGUCAUGGAGUACUGAUUCAUCCGGAGUUUGUAGUUACCUCUGCAAAAUGUACCGACAGUCGAAAAUAUCGGGAGCUAUUACACGUUAUUUUGGGAGAAUGUUCCGUCGGCAAGGAUCCUUACAGCUCUAAUAGAAGCAAUAUUCAAGCAGUAAAAGUAGAGGAGCAUCUGUUUUCCCAAGCAAUCCAGACAAGUGAAGACAUUUUUGACAUCAACGUUCUACGACUGGCCAAAAAUGUUAUCCUUACAGACAACGUCAAACCAGUGUGUCUUCCACCGGUUGAAGAGCCGGUCCCGUACUACAGCAUGACCGCCUGGUACCGCCGAGACGAACAUCCAAAAGAGCUCAAAACGUCUCUCAUGCGAUUAGUUCCAUUCGAUCAGUGUCGAUCGUCGUAUCUGGAAAUGGGUAUUAACUUCACAACGAAAGACUAUGUUGCUUGUUUCGAGCCCUGUCAACUCUCCGAAAAGGCGGAAACGGAUGGCACGUACAAUUGCGAUUCUACCAAAAUCGGCAAGUGCAAUCGUGCCCUUUCUGCCAGUCCUAUAUUUUUCACUCAGCACGACGGUGUCAACACCUACACCUAUUUAGCAGGUGUACGAUCAUUUGGCACGGCAGACUGUCAUGACGGUAUGCACGAUGUGUUCAAUGAUAUUGUGUCGUUCAGAUCUUGGAUCGAGACAUUGGUAGACGAAAAGGCAUGGUUUACUGACGACGAAGAUCAUGUGUUACAUGACUACGAACCGGUAACCCAUACGAUUCACUAUGAGAUGGAUGAUGAUGGAAAUUUAAUCUAUGAGGAUGCAGAUCACAAAAUUGGCGACAGAAAAUUGUAUUUGGAAACUGACGAUGAUGGUAAUCGGAAAGAAAUUGAAAAUGACGAGGAACCGUGAAAUAUUAGUUCUUAAACUGUGUUUCUUGUGUGCAACAAACACCAAAUUCAUAAAACUAUUUGAAAAUUACUAUGACAAUCACUGUACAGAACCUGCAUGUGCGAAGUUUUAUUACAAAUAUUGCAAAUCUUUUAUUUUAAUUGUAAGACAACCUUUCCUCCCCAAUUUCCCCAUAGUGUAUUGGCGCGAUUGCCCAGAUCUAU